AGAGGUCACUGAAUUUCGUUAUUGAACAGUAACAAGAACCGCUUCGAGUGGACUGUGUCUGGCUUUAUGUUUAAUUUUCUAAAACCUAGUCACACAUAUAAGAAAACCUGCACAACUUUAAUUGAAAAGAAAAAUUCUGCUGGAUAGGCUUGUUUGAUGAAGAUAGUGAGUACGGUUGCGGAUUGUCUGCCCUUCUCAGCCACUGUACUCAACUGCCUGCGGGAUGAACCCUCAGUGAUGCAUCUGUUAAACAGAACAUGGGUGACUCAUCCUGAUAGUAUUUGUCAAAGGGCCUUCAUGUGAACACAAAUAAGCCACACCUGAUUCCUCAGCAGGGUGCGACAAGUGAGGCGUUGCCCACUGAAACUCCCAGACACCUGAUGCUAUAAGAACUGAGCCUCACUGGUCCAGAAACACAUUACGAUCACAACAAACACAUCAGCAGCCAUGGACGAUCUACUGGGUAAAGCCAUGGGUUCUUCCAUGGGUAAUGAUAUAAUGGCAAAAAUAGCAGGGGAAAAAAUUGGUGACUUUGUUGAAGAUGGACUUAAUAAAGUGAUGGGAGGAAAAGAUGGUGAAAACAACAAAGAAGAAGGAGAAGGAGGAGGAGGAGGAGGAGGAGGAUUGGAUUUUGGUGAUGUCCUCAAAUUUGCCGGUGGUUCCAAAAAAAAAGAUGAAGGAGAUGGUGGGUUUAACAUGGGUGAUGUCCUCAAUGUUGUUGGUGGUUCCCAAAAAAAAGAAGAAGACGGACCUGGAGAUGCGAUCAAGGAUGCAUUUGGAAAAAUAUUCGGAUAGACACCCAUGUUACCGACCCACAACGUUCUGACAAGUCCUUCACCUUUACUCCACUGAACUUCCAUCUACAGAGAACAUUUUGACAAUGAAAUCAUUACAGAUUAUUAAAGCUUUCAAGAGCCCAUGGUGACAAACAAUUUCACAAUUCAGCAAUGGACAUGUUUUCUUCACUUCUAUAGCAACAGAAGAAUACAAAGCUCCAAACAUUGGAGUUCAAACAUUAAAACAGAUGACUUUUUUUAUUUGGUUUGGAAGGUUACAGCUUAAGGUUCCUGGAUUAUUUCUGAAAGGAAACUGUAAGAAAUAAAAUAUACUUAAACACCAAUAUUAAUAUAUAUAUUUUUUUCAUUCGGGGAAAAUUUC